AUGGCAUCUAAAAUAUACUGUAAUACAUGUGAAUAUGAUAAAAUCACAAGGAGAGCAAAGCAAUGGUGUACUGACUGUAGAGAAGGACUCUGUGUAGAUUGUGAGAAAACACAUAAAUCUAUUACAGCUACCAGAAAUCACAAUAUUAUUUCAAUUGAUGACUAUCGUCAAAUACAGGACAUUAUAGUAAGUCUGGAAUGCAAGAUGCAUGGUGAAAAACUAACUCAUUACUGUAAAAGACACGAUAUUACGGUAUGCUUUACUUGUGCUUUGUCGAAUCAUAAGUCAUGUUCAACCUCUGAUCUCAUUACCAUUGAUGACGCUGCACAAAAUUUUAAAGAAUCAAGUGCAUUUUCAGACAUGGAAGGUAAACUAUCUAGAACUUUGCAAAAUUUAAAGCAUUGUAUAACCAAUAUAAAUAUAGCUUUGUUAAAUGUGGACGGAGAUGAACAAAAAAUAAAAAAAACAAUUGAAGACACACGAAUUAAUCUGAAAAAAUACUUGGAUAAACUUCAGGAAAACCUGCUUCUAGAUUUGAAAGUCAAACAUGAAAACUGUAAAUCCAAAUACAAUGAAAUUCUCAAUAAGUUAAAUAAACAACUGAAAGAAGUGGAAAAUUUGAGAGAGCAGUCACUUAAAAUGAAACGCUUUGCAUCUAAGAUACACACAUUUCUAGGAUCGAGCCAAUUAAACAAAACCAUAGAUGAAAAGAAUGGAAUACUAGAAGAGGGCAUAACAUAUCAUAGGAUUAAUGGAAUGAAAGUAGAAAUACACGAUGGGUUGAGUUCCUUGAUGAAGGAAGUAACGCAUUUCGGGGAAAUCAAAAUUUCUGAAACCAUUUCAAGUCUCCCGUUCAAAGAUCCAAAGAUCGACCACGCACAAAUACAUGGACCAUUGCAAAAUGUUAGUGAAGUCCGUCUGCAGUGGAACCGGAAAAUUGAAAUCAAACGAUCAGCAGCAAUCUCUGGCUGUUUAAUGUUAUCAGACGACAGAGUUAUAAUCGCAGACGAACAUGGAAAAGGCAGAUUAAUAGAAUACAAUAAAUACGGGAAACGUAUUCAUGACAUUGCUGUCUCUGGUAAACCGUAUGGACUUACAGCAGUAGAUACAGACCUUAUUGCGGUUACAUAUGGAGAAUCUAAAUACCUUGAGAUCAUUAACACUAAAAAGAACAGUGAACGGAAGAAAGAAUACUUUGAUGACAACUGCUGGGGAAUAUCGUUCCAAGACCAGAAGCUGUAUAUUAUUGUAGAAAAACAAGGCAUUGUGGUACUGGACCUGAAUGGAAACACAUUAAAUACCAUCCAUAUCGAUGUUUCAAAAGUAUUUGAUAUAUCAACGUCCAGGGACAGGAUAUUCUAUACAAAUUUGGGAAGCAGUACAGUACACUGCUGUAGUAUAUCUGGACAUGAAAUCUGGAUAUUUCGGGAUGAGUCUAUUUCCCUUCCAAGAGGUAUAUCCGUGGACAAUAAUCAGUACGUAUUUAUAGCAAGUUUUUCUAACGAUCUGACAGUAAUACAACAUGACGGCAAAAGCCACAAGGUCUUACCUAAUGAAUCAAAUGAACUUCAACGUCCAUGUGCAGUUCAUUACAACAAUGAAAAGAAAAUUGUCUGCUUAGGCUACAAACGCGGAUGCGUCGCAUUAUACAAUGUUAUACCUAGUAUCAUUAAAAUGAACAACGAACCAUAG